GGAAAGGAAGGAGAAAGGUGGUGGUGAGAUGGAGGGGAAGGUGCUGAAGGGAGAAGAGGUGAAGGGGGAAGGCUCGGGGACAGCCGUGGGGGGCCAUGCCAGCUCUGCCGCGACGGGCAGGCAGCAGAGGACGAAGGGCUGCCCGUGCCCCCCUCCACCGCAUGGCGUGAAGCCAGCACGGGCAAAGAAGAAGCAGCAGCCACCAUGCAGGAGUGCUACCACCACCGUGCGGGCAGAUAAACAGCACCGCAAAAGCAGAAAGCAGCAGUCCCGCUCCCCUUCAUCGCUUGAAACCCCAGAUCCUGGGAGGAACCCUGACUCGGCCCAAAAUAACGCAGGCAACAAUCAGAAGGAUGCAGAAGUAAUAAACAAGGUUGUGGUAUCAGCUUCCACCACUUUGGACUCUAAACAAACAGAUCAAGGUCUUUCUGCUCAACUUAACAAAAGCCUUCGAUGGGACGGGAUUCUCGAAGAUCCUGCAGCAGAGGAAGAAAGGCUGCGGAUCUACAAGAUGAACAGACGGGUUCGGUACGAGUCCUAUAUCCAGCAACAUCUGCCUGCUGAGCCGUGCCCAACUGUCAGACGCUCCCCGCUGCUUCCCCGCAGGCCGUCACGCACAAGCCGCGCUCACACAGUAUGUAAAGAAGAUUUCUGCAGUUGUUUACCGGGGGGAGCAAGUGUGAACUGGUCCUGAACGCUGAACGAGCCAGCAGAAUCUCAAAGCUGCAACCAGUGGUGUCACCCAACAUCUCACGAGUUCUGUAGAUUAGUACUGAUUACUCACCGUCCUAUAUCCGUGUGGAAAACAGGACAUUUGUAUUUUAAAAGCAAACCAAUCUGUUAGUUAAAGUAUGGGUGCAACUCAGACUACUUCAGCAAUUAAAAGCGCUCCUUUCUGCACUGCCCCUUUGUUCUGGAGUAUCCCUAGUUAUUGCUCUUGGUUUAUUUCAAAAUUAUAUGCACCGCAUUGCACCUGAGCUUUUCAGGUAUUCACCUGGUGUCCUGAAAUCAGCAAGCACAGCCCUGCAGCAGGUGGGGACAUGGAGUGUGGGCAGCUGAACGAGGCUGAAAUUAUUCACAGGCACACAAACUUACCUGGUACGUGAAACUGUGCCAUCUGCAGAAGUGGGAUUGGAAUCCAGCGCUUGCCUCUUGGCUUGUGAUCUAAUUGCCAGGUAUUUUAUUUUGUUACAAAAAUUAAUUAUAUCAAACCCUCAGAUUUGACAUCCUGGAGCAGCGCAGCACACACACAAGGAAAACUGAACACACUUAGAACAAUGGGGUUAUCCUUGUUGUGGUACAUACCAACCAGAAGCCCAUUUGGCCAAUAUGAAUUAAAAAUCAAGCCUUGUACUCCCCUACUUCAGCCACUCAUAGUAAAGGAACAUCUUUCAUACCCAGUGUCUCUGCAAUAUUAAAGGAAACCAGACCAGGCCAGACUAAAGGAAUUAUUUGCAAGUUGGACGGCACAUCUGAAAGGAGCAAAAGUUUUUCCUGCAGCUCUCCUGAAACAUACCGGUAUGAUUUUUAAAGUUUUUUCUUAAUGGCUCUUCAAAUGGACUGGUUAUUAUAUAACAACUAAUGUGCGUGUACGGCUUUUCUCCUGUUUAAACAGUGCACAAUAUUGAAAUGCUUGCACAGACUUUCACAGGAGCAGCGGCGUGCUUUAGAAUAGCUUCACAGCUCCCCAGAUUCCAGUAAUGUCAUUACAUGCAAAUCUAGAGCUCUUGCAAGCAGAUAACCAGAUGAACAAUAAAAAGUAAGCAAAAAA